UCUCUUUUUUGAUUACUGUCAUGGCUAGAAAGAAGGUAGACCUUACAUACAUAACCAAUGACUCGAAGAGAAAAACAACGUUGAGGAAAAGGAAAAAUGGUUUGAUCAAGAAGAUUGGUGAAAUCAGUAUCCUUUGUGAGGUUGAGGCAUGCGCUAUAAUUUAUACUCCAGAUGAUCCUCAGCCAGAGGUUUGUCCAUCUAACAUGGGAGUCCAAAAUGUGCUUUCUAGGUUUAGGCGAGUGUCUGAAUUUGAACAAAACAAAAAAAUGUUGAGUCAAGAGAGCUUUUUGAGUCAAAGGAUCAUUAAAGCCCAAGCCCAAAUGAAGAAACUAAGUAAUGCAACUAGGAAGAAAGAAAUAACCCUUCUCAUGCUUCAAUACCUCAAUGCUGGGAACAUUUUUGACAAUGCCAACAUGAUUGAUCUAAAUGAUAUCUCACGCUUGAUUGAUAAAAACUUGGGGGAAAUAGAAAGGAAAAAAAAUCUUAGUCGAGUCCAAGAGAUGACCCCAAAUGUUGAAAAUGGAAGAAUAACCAUGACUCAAGAAAAUCAAGCAAUUAUGAAUAAUGUUCAAGGGUUGAAGACCAAUGUGGAUGCCAUGCAAAAACAAAAUUAAUUUAUGGCCAAAAUUUGUCUGAGAUUUUAAUGUUCCAAAUUGUUGGCUUAGCCUAUAUGUCCCUUGAAAAAAAAUGUUUUUCUUAGAAAGGUUUCAAGAGUCUCUCUUAUUUGAAAUUUUCAUGACAUGGUUCCCAUAGAUUUUGUGUUUUAAUGUGUUUAUGCUUAGGCACAAUAAUACCAAAGAAAUGAAUAUUUGUCGUUAUAU